AAUUGUACGGACCUCAUCGAAAAUAUAAAUGAGAAAAUAUAACCUACAAAUUUAAUCAGCAUGGGCAGCGAUUAUACAGCGAUCACGUCACUAUAUAUGUAGCGUGGUUGAAAAACAAAGUAAACAUGCCAACUGUAAUAGCUUUGGACGUUUCGUUGUCUAUGCGUAAAACAGUUGCUGGUGGAACAGUGGGAGAAGGUUUACACAGUGAACAAUUAACAACACAUCAUCUAGCUGUUCUUGGAAUAAAUAAUAUUCUCAGUUAUUUACAAACCCACUCAAAACUUGAAUUUGUUUCUCUAGUACUAUUUUCAUCACUGUAUGAAGUUGUUUGUCCUUUCACUCGAGACUAUGAGUUAAUAAGAAACAAAUUGCAGUGCAUUGAUGAAUGUGAUAAAACUUGCAUAGAAACUGCCUUAUACAGCAUAAACAAUAUUUUAAUUUCUGAGUGGGGUAACUCAACAGCAUGCCAAGUAAUUUUAAUUACUGAUGGCAAUCCUGGAGUUGGACCUAUGUCUUUGGGUGAUUCAUUGAAUUCUUUGAAUUUCCCUAGAGAAAAUCCAUUCCCAUUGCCAUUUACCUAUCCUGGAAAGUUGACACUUGUUUGUUUAGCAAAUGCAUCAGAUCCAAAUUUUAUCAACUCAUUACCACUUUACCAAAAGCUAGUUGAUCUAGCUGGAAAUGAUAGCAUACUUUUGGUUCCUGAAGGACAACUUUCAAAAUCUUCAGUUACAAAUUGCUUUAAAAAACUAGCCGAAACAAAUUAUAUAUCAUUCCAAGGCUAUCUAAAGUGUGGGCACCUUGGAUCUAGAGUGUCAUUGUCACCACCACCAACUCCUCAUAGUCGAAAAACAGAUUUUGAAUUUAUGCCUGGUUUAACAAUCUCAAAAACUAUUGAAAUUUGUGGUUUUAUAUCAGUAGCAGAUGUAGGAAGUCCAACCUCUAUAUCACGACAUUUGGUUUUACCUUUGUUGACUGAGAAAACAUCCAGUAUGCAAGGUGUUUCUUUAGAAGAAGAUUCAGACAUAGAAGAUAUUACAGAUGAAGGGAAAUUGCCAUCUUUUUGUGUUCUAUUGCAUGGUGCUUUGAAGGUUGAAAAUAUGGCAGCACUAUGCACAUUAAGUACUGAUUGGUACGGUUUUAUUUAUUCCUGGGCAGAUACAAAAAAGAAAUCGAACCUAAUGUUGACCGUUUUAGAGCCUGGCACAGACGUAGUUCCAUGGCUUGGUAAUUUUCGCAAUUUAGGUCCGUUUGAGUCGUCAAGUAAAAACAGUGAGGUCUCUAAUUUUCCCGUGAGACCAGCAGAAAAAAGAAGCUACUCACAGAAUGCGCCGUCAUGGAUUCGACAGGUUGGCUUGCAAUCGGAUAUUCAGAAAAUUCUUAGGCACGCAAGAAAGCUUCCGGAAAAAACGCAAAACUUCUACAAGGAACUGAACAGAUUGCGACGCGCAGCUCUAUCUUUAGGUUUCAUUGAAUUACUAGAAGGUUUGGCUUUGAUUUUUGAGAGAGAAUGUACACUGCUACCGCCAAAUCUGCAUCCCGACUGCACAAUACAAAUGGGUCAUGUUGCCGAUAUGCUACGGAAGCCUUAUUCACGUGAACUCAAAAAUAAUAUAACACCAGUUAGAACAAAAUUCACACCUGGGGAUUAAGCUAAGUAAUUUAAUUGAUUGAAAUUAAAAUAUACCAAAGUGCAUUGAUGUACGAUUGAUUUAUAAACAAUUAGAAUGAUACUUGAAUGUAAAUAGUUUUGACAUUUGUUAAUAUUCAAUAUUCAAAAAUAUUUUUUUUAAGUG